CGGUGCACGAGCUUCUUCGGUUUCCAUUUAUAUCUAAAAAUAACUUCAAUUCUCUUGUUUUAUUCCAGCGACAGCCUAAUUUGGUCAAAAUGCCCUGCACCCGCUCUCAGAGACAACCCACUCUCCAGUUUCCCAAACGCAAGUCGUCCAAGAUCACACCCCGAUCUAAAACAUCAUCACAGCCUGACACUGAGAAUGUCAGAAUCACCCCUCUUUCACCCAGGAAGUCAAUUGUGGAUGCACAGGCCAUCCCGCUUUCUCCUAGGAAGACGAACAUUGUGGACGUCCGGUCCAUUUCCAUCUCACCUCGUCACCCCAAGGUCCAAAGCGUCGCUCCUUCUGAGAGGCUCCCCCUGAGCCCCCGCAAGCGCACAGGUGAUGAAAAUGGAUGCAACAUACCAGCGUCUCUCUUGGGUUCUCCUCCUAAACAAAGUCGUCCCUCUCUGGGCUCACCCCGCAAGCUGUCUUUCAGUGAGAACGCCCCAGUGUUUAAGUCGCCUAAUCGGCCUACCCCAACAGAUCUUAAAAUCUCACCUACUUGCUUAACUCCCAAAGUCUGGAAGAAGCCCCCCAGUGCUGACUCAAAUAUUCUGGAGAUGACACAGGCAUCACAACCAUUGACUGAACAAAAGUCACAGUACCAGUUUGUGAAACAGGCUCUGCACACAGCUGUUCCUGAACGACUUCUCUCUCGUGAGACAGAACGAGCUGCUAUGGUCUCUUUUUUGGAGAACCAUGUGGUGCUGGGCAAGCCUUCUAGUCUGUACAUCUCUGGAGCUCCUGGUACAGGAAAGUCAGCCUGCCUGAAUUGUGUGCUUCAAGAAAACAAGGCUCUGCUUAAGGGUGUUCAGACUGUGGUCAUCAACUGCAUGACGCUGCGUAGCUCUCAUUCCAUUUUCCCUCUCCUGGCAGAGAAAUUGGGUAGUUCCAGGUGCCACUCUGAUAGCAAGCUUGAGAAACUGCUCACCAGUUCAGGUCCCACUGUUCUGCUGGUUUUGGAUGAGAUGGAUCAGCUGGACAGCAAGUCACAGGAUGUCCUCUAUACCAUCUUUGAAUGGCCUUAUCUUCCCAAGUCUCGAUUGUGUCUCAUUGGUAUUGCCAAUGCUCUGGAUCUGACGGACCGUAUUUUGCCCAGACUGCAGGCCAAGCCUCAUUGCAGACCACAGCUUCUUCACUUUCCUCCAUACAGCCGCCAAGAGCUGGCAGCUAUCGUUCAGGACAGACUCGCACAGUCAGCAGCAGAUGGGAUUCUAGAUGCCGCUGCUGUUCAGUUCUGUGCCCGAAAGGUGUCUGCGGUGUCGGGAGAUGCACGCAAAGCACUAGAUAUUUGCAGGAGAGCUGUAGAAAUUGUGGAGUCUAGCAACAGAUCCAAAGUGUCAUCUGAGUCCACGGACUGUACUAAAGCUACACGGGUGAGUGUCCCUCAAGUAGCCCGAGUGCUGUCGGAGGUGUACGGUGACCGCAUGGCAUCUAGUGGAGGCGGAGACGGGGAAAGUUUUCCCCUGCAGCAAAAACUGCUGGUGUGCUGCCUGCUCCUGCUUACACGCAAUGGCAAGACUCGAGAGGUGCAGUUGGGCAAGCUGUGUGAGGCCUAUAGUAAACUGUGCCAGCAGAGGCAGGUGAGUGGCGUGGGGCAGGGUGAAUGUCUCUCACUGUGCAGUCUGCUGGAGAGCAGAGGCAUCUUCUCCCUAAAAAAAGCCAAAGAAGCUCGGCUCACCAAGAUCUCUUUGAAGAUUGAAGAGAAGGAUGUGGAGCAUGCAUUAAAGGAUCGGGCUUUACUUGGCAGCAUCCUGGCAGCGGGCCUGCCGUAAUCUUCCUACAUGAGCUAUAAUCAUCUGUAAUCCAUUACAAUGUGAAGAGAGACUUUUACCUCUUAUAGAGUUGCUUAAUUUUUGCAAAAUAUUUUUUUUCUUUUUUUUUUUUUUUUUCUUCCAAGAAUUUGAAGGAAUUUUAGUUGUGAAAUGUGAUCUAUGAACUUUUAUUUUUUGGUAUUUUUAUUUAAAAUGGACAUUGUACAUUUACUUUAUUAAAUAAAUGUACCAGAUUUUUAACCUAGCUUUUAUUUUAGUUGUAAAUAUUUCUGUAAUUAUAGAUUUUACUGUUUGUGUAU